CUGAGAAAGGGAGGGAGAAGGGAGACGGCAAAAAAGGGACCUACCACACAACAAAUCACUGCUCUCUUACGUGAAAGUUGCAUGUGGCCUUGGACUUGUUGACUUGUCGGGAGAGAUAGCAGGGAGCACAUGAGUUGUGUCAGACAGAAGCAGAAGAGCAAACCUGUAAAGGUUUUAUGAUAUCAGUGAGGAUAAAAGAAGACGACUAGGCAAAGAUCAAAACUGGACUUCAUCCACCUCCUCUUGGGCUUAGGUCACUCUGCAUCCCUUGCGGGGGUGCGUGGUUUGCGGACAGACACAUUGAACACUGAACUGCAUCUUCUGAUGAAAGCCCAACUUCUGUGGAUCUUGCAGCUUUUCCAGCAACCACACAACUUUGCUGGAGACUGGAUCCACUGCUCAGUGUGAGAAACAGCAGGAGAGAGAGAGAGAGAGAGAGAGAGAGAGCGGGGGGUGGGAAAGAGAAUAUUGCUAUCCAUCCCUAGCCCCCACAGCCCACCCUCAGCUUUGGACGCCCCUCCUCACUGCCUCUUCUUUUGCCCCCUGUACCCCCCACCCCCCCUCCCUCCCCUCUACACCUCACCCACCAACAGAGCAGAAAGCGUGAAAAAUCUCACUAAUGGGUUUAUUUGCUGUCAGAUCUGCGCCGAUCUGUCAUUCCCUUGGACCUUUCUGCUUGACACAUUUCAUAGUUGAGUAAGCCUCCUAGCUUUCUGGCUAGAGUUAACAGUGCCCCUGCAACGUUGUGCUGGCUGAGAGCUCAUCAAGAGGGGAGCAACGGCGGCAGCAGUCAGUCUGACAGUCUCUUGGACAGGGAGUCCCUGAAGCUGCAUUCCUCCAGUCUCCUUCCCCCUGUUGGGACUUUGUGUCUGUGAGCCUUGUGGGCAUCCUCAGUUUCUGUCUAAUCAUUCACGGCUGAGUCCUCCACAGAAGAUCCAGGCUGUUUCUGCAGGGACUCUGGUGCUGAAUUGAAAACUAGUGUGAAGAUGUGGUGUGGGGCUGGGCCUCUGGCCGUGGUGGCUGCAGUGUUUUGGACUCAAUGUGUCCUCCUGGAUGGGGUGGACGCCAAGAAGGAGAGAAAGAAGCCAAAGGAGGCCAACCCACAACACACAGAGACCUACAAUGCUACUUUUUCCAACAGUGAAGAGGUCAGCGAAAGCGUCAAGAUUUCUGACAACCAGCGAGUGGAUCCAUUGGGAUCAUGGAUGGACUUUGUCAAAAGACCGGUUGGCAACUUCCCUGGAAAGUGUCGCAAACGCAAACGACCCCUGCCGGGCCCACCUGGUCCCCCAGGUCCUCCUGGCCCCCAGGGACCUCCUGGCUCUCCUGGAGCUGAAGUGACCCAGGAAGUUCUUCUCCAGGACUUCAAAGACAUGAUUAAAGAGGCUACAGAGAGGAGAGCUGCAGCAUUGGACCGACAAACCAGCCCCAGCCAGCUACCUACGGCUCUCCUCACCCUGGAGGGGAUGACCUCCUACCGGCGAAUAGAGGAGGCUUUCCACUGCAAGCUCAAGGGACCUGUGGUGGUUGACAAGAAGACUCUGGUGGAGCUCCAGAACUUUCAGACACCACCAGCUAAAGGAGCCUUCCUCAGAGGGUCAGGAAUGGACCAGUCCACGGGGAGAUUCACAGCUCCCAUCACUGGGAUCUACCAGUUCUCUGCUAAUGUCCACAUUGACCACAAUGAGGUGAAGAGGAGCAAGAGCCAGCUCAAGGCCAGGGACAAUGUCCGGGUGCUGAUCUGCAUCGAAUCACUCUGCCACAGAUACACCUCACUGGAGAUGAUUGUUGGAUUAGAAAGUAACAGCAAGAUAUUCACUGUCAGCGUGCAGGGGCUGCUGGAGCUACAGGUCGGGCAGUACACCUCCAUCUUUGUGGAUAAUGCAGCAGGCGCUUCCAUCACAAUACAGAACGGUUCCGAUUUUAUGGGUAUGCUGCUUGGUGUAUAGCCUCACUCAUGAACAGGGCAUCGUCCAAGCCAUCCACUGCUGCAGUUUUUUUUUCUUCUUAUUUGUCAAUGGACUGCUUUUGAGCACCAUCACACAUCACCAAUCCACAGGGGAGGUUGAAAGAAAGGAAAUGAGGCUGACAUGGACUUGACCGCGUGUCAGAUGGUGAAGGGACGAUGUGAAGAACUCAAGGACAGAGUUUGUUUUUCACAGUGCAUCACUGACACUUCCCGGAGGAACUUGGAUGCCUGUUGCUUCACCAGCAAAAAAUAACCUGAAAAUAAAGCAGUGAAUAUGUCUGA